AUGUCGAUGGUCAAUUCUUACCCGCCAGAUCGAAGUUCACCUCCGAGAAACCUUACGGUUCAUUCUUACCAAAACCAUUAUCAAACAAUAAGCAACUUGGGAAAUGGGAGCUUUGGAACCGUUGAAUUGGCCAAGAUCAAGUUUCAAAAGCAAGAUUUAUUAGCUUACGACGCGGACAAGAUUGGAACCUUACUACACCCUCUCGAGGAUUCCAAAAUAAACACGUCCAACCUUGUUGCAAUCAAAACGAUGAGAAAGAAGUUGCCGCUAUUGCAGGAUUACUCAAAAGUAAAGGAGGUGAAGUUCAUAUUGACGGUCCCCUCCCAUCCAUGCUUGGUGCAAAUAUUUGAGAUUUUUGUUGAUAAUGUAAACUACCAGUUGCACAUCUCGAUGGAGGCACUUAGCCAAAACUUGUACCAAUUGAUCAGGUCCCGAAGAAAUGCAAAGUUUUCUCCAGUUACCUUGAAAAGCAUCAUAUCACAAUUGCUCUGUGCUAUAAAACAUAUCCACAAACACCAGUACUUUCACCGCGAUGUCAAGCCUGAAAACAUCUUGAUCAUCCCCACGCUUCAUUUUUAUGGUUCAAAGGAGUUGAUCCCACCGUAUAGGAGAAAUGACAACUUUAUUGUCAAGCUCGGCGACUAUGGACUAGCUAGACACACUUUGAAUGGCAGAACCUACACGGCGUAUGUUUCAACCAGGUGGUACAGGUCGCCCGAGAUUUUGUUGAGACAGAAAUGGUACUCGUACCCAAUCGACAUUUGGGCUUUUGGCGUGGUUGCAGCGGAAAUUGUCAAUUUUGCUCCCUUGUUCCCGGGUUCGAAUGAAUUGGAUCAGAUUUGGAGGAUCUUGAAAGCUUUGGGCACGCCAAUGAUCCCCGAGUCCAACACGCUUGGCUCUAGUUAUUUGAUCCCCUUGGGUGGAUACUGGAACGAGGCUUUCCCCUUGGCUAGCAAGUUGGGUGUCGAGUUGCCCAUGGAGUUGGGAACCACCAUUAGUGACAUUGUUCCCGGAACAAACGACACCUUGAUUUAUGAUUUCAUCCAGUCUUGUUUGAUGUGGGACCCCUUGGCGAGACCAGAUGCAAGCGAGCUAAGUAAAAUGCCCUAUUUCAAGGAGUCUAUGAGACUAAUGGAUUCGUACUUUGACAAGGACCCCAUCGUAAAGAGCAAUAAAACGCCGCAACUCCCCAACUCACCGAGCAGAAAGAGAUUGAUUGCUUCAUCAAGACACGAUCCCGUUGAACAAAAAUCGUCUGAGGUGUCUCCCCACAUUGAGAAUAGUUAUGAAAAUUACUUUUCAGAGUACUAUUCGCAAGUUGCUGAUGACGAAGGCAGCUCCAACGCUGUUGUUGGUGGAGGUGCCGGUGGUGGCGUCGGUGGUGUAAACAGUGGUGUAAACAGUGGUGUAAAUGGCGGAGGCGGUAAUGACAGCAGUUACUAUGCCUGGUAUAAUUAUGGCGGGGGUUUGGCUUACGACAGAAGUAGGGAGCCACGCAACAGCAUUGGGAUGAAGUUGAGACAGGCCAGUUUAGAGCACAAUGUCGAGAAAAAAAACGCCUUGACAACCACUCUUUCUUUGGAGAGUGAAGAGGUGAUAAAUUUGUGA